GUCAUUAUCUCCUUCCAAAACUAUCCACCUCUCUCUUCCCAAAAUACCCACCUUUUUUUUUUUUUAUUAUUCUUUUGUUUUUGAUCUUCUCCUUCUUCCCAUCCAACUUCCCUUUCUACUUCUUUUCUACUUCUUUUGCUCUUUUGUUUCUUCAAAUCAAACCUUCAGGACCAGCCAUGACAUAGAGAGAGAAAAGGAAAAGAAUAGAAUAGAAGAACAAAAGUUAAUGAUUCUCACGUCCCACCAUCCAAAACCAUUGCUUCAAUCCAACUCCAGGAAUUAAUCAAACAUUUGUUUGUUCUUGGAUCUCUGAAGGGAAUCCGAGCUUCAAAAUCGGAUUUUUUUUUUUUAAUUUUUGGGUAGGCUAUAGAAUUGGCCCACUUGGGAAACUUCUUCCCAUAAUACCCCUCCAAUGACAGCAGUGCUACGAUCCCCGUCCCACAUCCCUUCGUCUUCAAGCUCGCCCCUUUCUUGCAGCGUCAAUGAUGGAGGACGAGGGCUAUUAAGGAGGGAGACAGUGGAGGAGGAGGAGGAGGAGGAGAAGGGAGAGAGGAAGGGGGACGAGGACCAGCUUUCUUUGUUGGCUUUUGUUGUCACUGUGUUGAGGAAGUCGCUGGCGGGGUGCAGGACGGAGGGAGGGGAGGAGGACCUCCGCUCCAUGGAGAUCGGAUGGCCGACCAACGUGCAGCAUGUUGCGCACGUCACAUUCGAUCGUUUCCAUGGCUUCCUCGGCCUCCCUGUUGAGUUUGAGCCUGAGAUUCUCCGGAGAGCUCCUAGUGCCAGCACGAAUGUGUUCGGUGUUUCAACCGCAUCCAUGCAGUGCUCCUAUGACUCCAGAGGGAACAGCGUUCCAACUAUACUAUUGCUCAUGCAACGACGUCUUUAUGAACAAGGUGGCCUGCAGGCAGAAGGCAUAUUUAGAAUCAAUCCAGGAAAUAGCCAAGAGGAGUUGGUCAGAGAUCAGCUUAGUAAUGGAAUUGUCCCUGAUAAUAUAGAUGUGCAUUGCCUGGCUGGUUUGAUCAAGGCUUGGUUUAGAGAACUCCCAACCGGGGUCCUAGACCCUCUCACUCCUGAGCAGGUAAUGCAAUGCCAAUCAGAAGACGACUGUACUCAGCUUGUGAAACUUCUACCACCAUCAGAGGCUGCGUUGCUAGACUGGGCUGUUAAUUUAAUGGCUGACAUUGUCCAAGAGGAGGAACGAAACAAGAUGAAUGCACGCAAUGUCGCAAUGGUGUUUGCGCCGAACAUGACUCAGAUGGCUGAUCCUUUAAAUGCACUUAUGUAUGCUGUGCAAGUGAUGAAUUUUCUCAAGAUGCUAAUCCAUAAGGCACUCAAAGAAAGACAAGAACCUUUCCUCGAGGAGGCUUCAGUACCACCUCCGGGUCCAUCUGAUGGAGAUAACCACCAGAGUCCUCAACUUCCACUGGAUGCUUCAAACAAAGAACAUGCAGAACAAAUGUUUAUUCCAGAAAAGCCAUUUUCAAGGAAAACCACACCACCUCUUGAAGAAAGCUUCAUUGCAGAUGAUGCUGUGGGUGCUUAUCCAACAUCACAUGAGAACAGCGUUUCUCAGGAGACUGAUGAAUGCUCUCACGAGGUCCCAACGUGUACUGACGGUGCUGCUGAUGAACCUACGCAUGCUAUUGUUGGCCCAAAAAUGUCUCGGAUGAACUCUCGAAAGAAGAAAGGCCAAUCAAGCUAUGUGAAUCAUAAGAAAGGAUCUAAGAAAGGUAACGGACAGUCUGUACGGUCCGCGCCUGCUGAAAAGACCAGGGGGAUCAGCAUUGUGAGUCGUAUAAAUUCAAAGGUGGAGCGAGCUGAAGCAUGGAGGUGAAAUGGCACAAUGCCAUUUCACUGUUGUACUUCAACAUCCAAACCGACUCAUAAUAGUUCAUCAUUUUAUUCAGACCCAGAAGAACCUUCAAAAUUCAUUUAUCUUUAGUUUCUGAAUGGAGUGUUUCGUUUUUCAUGUAUCAGCUUCAAACUAACUCUCUUCUCAUUGGAGCUGUUUAAACUGUGUUUGUUGUGACAUUUUGUUUUGUAUUUUGUCAUGUUUAAUUUAACUGCUGUCAUUUUAAGAAAAUAAUUUAACUGUUGAGGGAGCAUCCCCACAAA